AUGUCUACUGCAGCCCGCCGCCGUUUGAUGCGCGACUUCAAGCGCAUGCAAACUGAUCCUCCCGCUGGUGUCUCUGCGUCUCCAGUUGCGGAUAAUGUCAUGACCUGGAACGCAGUUAUUAUCGGCCCAGCAGACACACCGUUCGAAGACGGGACCUUCCGUCUUAUAAUGCAUUUCGAGGAGGCAUACCCAAACAAGCCGCCGGGCGUCAAGUUUAUUAGCCAGAUGUUCCAUCCCAACGUAUACGGGACCGGCGAGCUGUGUCUGGACAUUCUGCAAAACCGAUGGUCACCCACGUACGACGUGGCAGCCAUCCUGACCAGUAUUCAGAGUCUACUAAACGACCCGAACACCUCGUCUCCCGCCAAUGUCGAAGCAUCGAACCUGUACAAAGAGAACCGCAAGGAGUACACCAAGCGCGUGCGCGAGACGGUGGAGAAGAGCUGGGAGGACUGA